AUGAAGAACAAGGAAGGCUGGGACGGAAAGCUUCGCAUGGAGCCCCAGGCUGUGCUGGCCAACCCGGAGGCCUUGGAAGAUUCCGAUUACUCGGAUCCUGACGCCCCGCCCGUGGACGAGAUCCAGGCCGAUGAGGAUCUACUCGCCGACGAGGAUCCAAACACAGAGGAAAUUGACCUGGUACAUUGUCGCAUAACCUCCCUCGCAGCGCUCCGGUUAGAGCGCUUCCCAAAACUUCAGAAUGAACAGAGACUCUGCUUCCGCCAAAACCAAAUCACCAAAAUCAACUUCCCGCCCAACGUCGCCGCCUCCCUCACUGAGCUCGACCUCUACGACAACCUCAUCUCGCACAUCAAGGGCCUCGACGAGUUCCGCGAUCUCACAAGCCUGGACCUCAGUUUCAAUAAGAUCAAGCAUAUCAAGAAUGUGGCGCAUCUGACCAAACUGACGGACCUCUUCUUCGUGCAAAAUAAGAUCUCCCGCAUUGAGGGCUUGGAGGGGCUGACCCAGUUGCGGAAUCUGGAGCUGGGCGCGAAUAAGAUUCGGGAAAUUGAGAAUCUCGAGACCCUCACGGCCUUGGAGGAGCUGUGGUUGGGCAAGAAUAAGAUCACCGAGAUGAAGAACCUAGACCACCUAACAAACCUCCGCAUCCUGUCCAUCCAAUCCAACCGCCUCACCACCCUAACCGGCCUCUCCUCCCUCCCACAUCUCGAAGAACUCUACUUCUCGCACAACGCCGUCACCGACCUCUCCGGUCUGGAAUCCAACACGGGCCUCCGCGUCCUCGACUUGUCCAACAACCAAGUCUCAAAUCUAGCGCAUCUCUCAUCCCUCAUAAAUCUAGAAGAACUGUGGGCGUCGAACAACCAGCUCUCCAGCUUCGAGGAAGUGGAGCGCGAGCUGAAAGAUAAGGAGAAGCUGGAGACGGUUUACUUUGAGGGGAACCCGUUGCAGACUGCUGGUCCCGCGGUUUAUCGGAAUAAAGUCCGGCUGGCGUUACCGCGGAUUAAGCAGAUUGAUGCUACUUUCGUUCGGGUUUGA